GCGGGAGGCGGGCAUGGAGGCGGCGGGCCCGCGGCAGCGCCUGGUGCACCUGGACCUGAAGGGCGCCCCGCCCCGCGCCUCUUACCUGGCGCAGGUGCUGCCGCUGCUCCGCGCCCUGGGCGCCACGGGGCUGCUGCUGGAGUACGAGGACACCUUCCCGUACGCGGGGCCGCUGGAGCCGCUGCGGGCCCCGCACGCCUACAGCCCCGGGGAGGUGCGGGCGGUGCUGGGGCAGGCCCGGGAGCAGGGGAUGGAGGUGGUGCCGCUGGUGCAGAGCUUCGGGCACAUGGAGUUCGCGCUGAAGCACAAAGAGUUCGCUCAUCUCCGGGAGGUGAAGGUGUUUCCCAACGCCCUCAACCCGCACAGGGAGGAGUCACGGGCGCUGGUCAAGGCCAUGGUUGACCAGGUCAUGGCACUGCACGAGGACUUGAAAUGGUUUCACAUCGGAUGUGAUGAGGUUUACUACCUGGGCGAAGGAGAGGAGUCAAAGCAGUGGCUGCAACAACAAGACAACACUCCAGAGAAGCUGUGCUUAUCCCACAUAAAAGCAGUUGCAAGUUGUGUGGCCUCAUCUUACCCCACUGUGACACCCAUUGUGUGGGAUGACAUGCUCAGAGGGAUGAGUGAGGAAACACUGGCAGAGUCUGGGGUCCCACAGCUCGUGCAGCCAAUGAUCUGGGACUACACAGCAGACCUUGAUGUGGAGGGCAAAGUGCACCUCAUAGAGAAGUAUCGUAGAUGUGGCUUCUCCAAGGUGUGGUUUGCUAGUGCUUUUAAAGGGGCUACAGGAGUGAAUCAGUCUCUGACACUUAUUGGACACCACUUAAAAAACCAUCUGCAAUGGCUGAAGGUGGCAAGCAACAGCCCUGCUGAUCUCCUUGAAGGUAUUGCCCUGACUGGCUGGCAGAGGUAUGAUCACUUCUCUGUUUUGUGUGAGCUUCUCCCUGUGGCAAUUCCAUCCUUGGCUGUAUGUCUACAGGCACUAAAGAAUGGUGGCUAUUCUGAAAAGAUUAAAGAAGAUGUGGAAAAGCUGCUGGGAAUGUCCAACCUGGAAACUGAUUCUUUCAUGAGCACGAGUCUGGGAACCUUUCCUGGGAGCAAUAUCCUUACACUUGUCACCCAAGUUACCUUCUACCUCAAGUCAUCAGUAGAUGAACUUCUUGAAAGGAACAGAUAUGUCACAGGCUGGUUCAGCCCUUACCACAGAAAAAGGAAGAUUAUUCACCCUAUCAUCAUGCAUCACUUCCAGCCAGAUGCAGUCAGUCUUCUCUCCAAGUGGAAUGCUGUGGUGCAGGACCUCCGAGCAGCCAUGGAGCAAGUUUUCCAUGAGUGUACAAUAGAGGAGUGGAUGGAGGAGAACGUCCACCCCAGCCUACAGAAGCUGCAGGAAGUGGUGGAUGAUUUAGAUGAAGCAAUAAAAGCACUAAAUUAGGGGCAUUUCAAUUAGGCUUAUUCCGUGGGAAAACAUGGCUGGUGGAAAUCUGAAACUAGACAUAGCUAGUUUGUCAUCUUAAGAGUUAAAGCAACAACUGUGAUGAAACAAAAGUGACUUGAAGGCAUCAAGGAAUCGAUUAGUGUAAUAAGCUUCAACUCUUACUUUUCCUGUCUUAACACAUUGUUGAGCCUUAACUCACCUGCCCUCCAAGUCAGAUUUGCUCCCCUUCCAUAACAGAAUGCAGGAGUGAGGCAGAACUCAGCUCAAGGCAAGAGAAAAACCCAAUUUAUUUCAGAUUUUAUAUUUGUAAUACUAAUAGACUUUAUAUAUAACAAUGGCCUGGAGGAGUUCCACAAGUUCUGCUCUCAGACAGGAGCCAAUGUGUCACACCUUUUGCAUUUUCCAUAAAACAGAAGAUUUAAGAUAUUUUAAACAAGCUUUAGGUCCAUAUGGUCUGUACUUCAGCUCCCUUUCAGCUACAUUGAGAGAGAUGUUCUACAAGGGCAAGUAAUUCCCAAGUCUGGUAGUUAAGUGCACAACCAUAAAUAUUCAAAAUAUUCUUUACCUGUUUGCUUAAUUUCUUGCUUUCUUGAAAGUCUUAUUUUGGAAGGACAGGUACUGGAAGGUUCUUGGAACAGUCUACUAUAAAAUGAGUACAUCUCUAGACAGGAAGUAGCACAGCAUAAGACAAAUCUUUAAUUUAUUUAAUGAGAGCUUUAGGAGUUAGGUCCACAUGUAGAUUUUUAUCUAAAAAUAACCAAUUACUAUGUAUAACUUAAUUUAAAAGGCCACUUACCUUGAAAUAAAUGAGAUCUUAAUUUAUAUUACUUUAAUAAAUCCUUUGAUACUCAAAA